GGGGGACAAUUUUCUCUUUUCGUUUUGUUUUAGGAGCAAUUGGGAAUAGGCCUGGAUACUCUAAAUUCGUUUUGAGCUGAUAUUAUUAUUGCUCAUUGUGUCCUGUACAACUUGCUUAUUUUGGUCAUUGAAAAGGCCAGUAUAGACGCUUGCAAAUGGCGACCGGAAAAAUGGCGGACCAGCUUUGGCAUGAAUUGGUCUACUCGUCUUAUUCAUGGAUCGCAAUGCAUCAAUACUACAUGCAUUACCCGUCGGGUCCAUCCAUGAAUAUCUCCUUUAAAAAAUAUUUCUAAAGUAGGCAUAAAGCUAUUGAGCUUAGGUUAAUGUAAAGGUUUCCCAAUUUAAAUAAAAAUAAAAUUUUAGUAGCAGGGUUUUCUCAUUUAUUUGAUUUAUCCAUUAAAUUUAGGCCUACACUAACUAUUCACUACACUACUAGUACUACUAGUACUGGCCCUUACUGGGGUUUAAAAUAAUCAAAAAAAAAUUGCUCUGCCAUUUAUUUUUUAUUGUUUGACCUGGCUUAAGUCACUAAGACAAACUCAAAUAAGUAAGUGCCACACUUGACUUUCCCUUCAGUUUCUGUUUACUUUGUGGACAUAUUGAGUUUCAUAUUAUUGAUAUUACAUAUUGCUUUUUUUCAUUACUUUCAAUUUCUUUGUAGCAUAAUUUUUAAAAAAUCUCAUGUAACCCUUUCUAUCAUUCUCAUUUGAUCCCAUCUACCACGAUCUGAGAAUGGCAGGAGAAGGGUGGGCAGGGGAGUUCAGAUGAGAGCUGUACUGUAGGAUUACGGGGAGAAGUGGUUCGGAAGAGGUUAGGUAGGGGCAGUGCAUACUCUUACAGCAUUUAGACUUGGAUCGACAGGUGGCACACGACCAGGGCUAUAAAACGAGGCUGCUGUUUGUGUAAUUUUUAGUUUUUGCUUAGAAAACAGUUUUAACUUUAAACAGUUUUUUGUAAACAUUAAUUUUCAUUGUCAAAAAAAGUAAAUAAUUGUUUUUUGUCUAUAAUUUAAAUAUAAUUUUAACUAUAAAAAAUAGAGAAAAAAAAUAUAUAUAUAAAGAUACUUUUAAAAAAAAAAGACUUUCUAUCAAAGUCCGUGCAUAAAAUAUUUUAAAAAAUAAAAAGCGAUAUUUCUGCUCUACAGUAGUCUACACUCAUGCACAGAUUUUCUUUGUGUAAUGCAUUUUAAGAAAAUUUAAAUUAUUUUCUACUUUUUAGUACGGGUAUGCCUAAAAAUGUCUUUGAUAGAGUGUAUUUUUUUAAAAGUUUGUUAAAUAUUUUACUUACUAUUAUUACUGCUAAGGUUUGUCUGUAAUGAUGUAGCCUGUGGAACUGUGCUUUGGGAGGAAUUGUUAAAUAAGUAGGCCUACAACUGUACUGUUUUUAUUAUUUUUGGGAAUUAUUUUUUGAACCAAAAUACCUACAUUAGUGAUGAUGUAUGAAGAGGAUGUCUAAUUUUCUUUUUUUCUUUGAUGAAUUUUGUUGAUGAGGAUAAGGGGAAGGGGAUAAAAUGACAUUAUAAUGAAUGUCCCCCAAGGUACAUUAUUAUGCAUAUAGUUCAUUAAGUAUAAUUGAGUGAACAUAGGCCGGGUCAUAGUUAAUUAAAUUCACUUCUUCUUAUGCCUUUCUACCCCGUCUGGGGCAUAGCCCGUCUACAAGAACUUUCCACUCAUCACGGUCCUGUGCUUUCCUUUCCAAUUGCUUCCAGGUGUAUCCCAUAUUUUGCGUGUCAGCCUCUAGCUCGCGUCUCCAUGUAUUCUUAGGCCUUCCUCUCUCUUUCUUUUUCCCUGUAGUUUCCAUGUUAGGCCUUGUCUGGUGGUGCUAUCUGGGGGUUUUCGGGGCGUAUGCCCUAUUCAUCUCCACCUUUUCUUUGUGAUAUCUUCAUCAAUGGGCACCUGGUGUGUCCUUUCUAGUAGAUCUUUGUUAUUGAUAGUAUUUGGCCUUUUGAUUUUCAGGAUCUUUCUAAGGCAUGUGUUUAUGAAUGUCUGCACUUUCUGCAUAAGGCUCACUGUUGUUUUCCAAAUUUCUGUACCAUAUAGUAGGACUGUUUUGACAUUUGUAUUAAAGAUUCUGACUUUGGUUUGCAGUUUCAGCUCCUUCGACUCCCAUAUUUUCUUUAAUAGCAUAAAAAGCCGAUCUAGCUUUUCCAAUUCUGGUCCUUAAUGUCUGCAUCGGAUCCGCCAUUUGUGUCUAUGGUGCUGCCUAAGUAUGUGAAGGACUCCACUUCUUCCAGUGCCUUUCCUGCCAGAUAGAUAUGCUCAUGGUUGGAUGGGUUUAUCUUCAUGAUUUUUGUCUUGCUUUUAUUUAUAUUGAGACCAAGCUGUGCUGAAAAGGUGGCUAUGUCUUUUGUCUUUUCCUGCAUUUGUUGCUGGUUGUGGGACAGAAGUGCAAUGUCGUCUGCAAAGUGUAAAUCAUUCAGUUGUUCCCAGAAUGUCCACUGUAUCCCAUUCCUCUUGUUUUCUGUGGAUUUUUUCAUUAUCCAGUCAAUGGCAAGGAUGAAUAGAAAUGGGGACAAGAGGCAUCCUUGUCUGACUCAUGUUUCGACUGUAAAGGAAUCUGUGAGUCUACCUUCGUGGACCACCCUGCAUGUCAUUUCUUCAUAAGAGCUCUGAAUGAUCCUGACUAAUUUCCCUGGUACUCCAUAGUGCCAAAGAAGUUUCCAUAAGGUUUGUCAGUCAAGGCUAUCAAAGGCCUUUUCGUAGUCUAUAAAAUUUAAAUAUAGGGGGGAGUUCCAUUCAAUUGACUGUUCUACAAUGAUUCUUAGUGUUGCAAUUUGAAGUAAAUUCACUUUUUAGAUUUUAUCAUUGAAAUUUUUUUUUUAGAUUUUAUCAUUGAAAUUCUCUGAAGUGAUAUUUUACAGACUUGGGUAUGGAUGGUGUGCCAUGCCCACAGCACAAGCAGACAUAGACCUAAAUUUAUACUACCAUUUUGAAUCAAAAAGAUAUGCCUACUUGUAAUUUAAGAACAUGAUUUAUUAAAAUUUAGGCCUAAUUAAUUAAAAUUUGAAUAAUAAUGAAGUGAGAUCAAACUACUAAUAAUUUUAUGUCCGAAAUAUGCCUAGCCUACUUGAUUUACAGUACUUUCCAAGUAAAUUAUUUGAUUUACCUGAAUUUGUGAUGCCUUAUUAUAAGUCUAUAGGUAAUCCAGCCUAAAUUUUAACAGUUAAGCGACACUUACAACUAGUUAUUUUUAAGUGAUAUUUACACAUAGUUAUACCACUGGAAAUGGCUAUCUUUAAGCUCUGUAAAGAUACUCAAAUAGUCUUUUUUUUUUUCCUGCAGAAGUUACAGAAAGUUAUGCAUUUUUAAAGGGAAUUUACUUUUUUGAUAAAUUUAGCUCUUUAUAUUUGAUUUGUUCUCAUUUAAAAUUAUUGUGUUUGUAAAAUAUUUUUUUACCAAUUUAAAAUGUUUUGUUAAUUUUGUAGUGGAUGCAAGACAGUCAAUUUAUAGGUUUGCAGAGUAUAGGAAAGGUUGGGAAACACUGCCAUACAGCUUUUUCAAAAAAAUAUCAGUAUUGUAUUGUAGUAUUUGUUGCCUGCAUAAUAAAAUUGGCUUGCACAAUAUUUAACCUCAACAUUAACCAAGCCCAAGCUAUUUCUCAAUUCAAAUUCUUUAAUUUUGCCUAUCUCAUUUUGCUUUCUUGAUAGCCUAAUAGCACAUUUAAAACUUGGGUAGUUGAAUAAACAACCAAAAAUGUCCAAAAAAACCUAAAAAUAAAAGUUUGGACCAAAAUUAGAAUCUUUUAUGUUUAAUAGGUUCUUCUCCACUUAAUUGUUUUCUAACCACAGUACAUUAUGCAAAAGCUGAUAAUUUAUUCCUACUAGUUUCAUCACAACCCAAUCAGCUAGGCGAACACUAGGUGUUAACCUACAUAAAUAUCCAACAAUAUAUUUGCUACGCUACAUGAAUUCCAUGAAUAAUCCAUUGAUUUAACUUCUUUUAUCCAUUAACAUUUCACUUUCGGGCUUGUACCAUAUAGAUUACUAGACAUAACACUCAUUAGACAUUUUUGUUAAUCAUUAGGAAUGUCCAGUUUUUAAACAUUGUCUGUUGCCAUAUUUGUUUAAAUUUACAAUUACAAUGCAUCUUAAACUGUGGUGAUGAUAUAAAUCAAGUUUUUUUUUUGUGUCAAGCACAGUAACCAUGGCUGCCUUCAGUUCAACUAAAAAUGUAGAGUCAAAAAAAUGCAAAAAUGACCAGAGACUGAGAGUUGACUUGAUGAAAUCUACAUCUAGUCAGACAACUUUCAUAGCUAGAUUGGUCAAUUGAGCCCAAAUUUCUGGAACAACUUGAUAUUUGGUCUACAAGAUGGUCCCAUCAGUGUUUCAAACACCUUAGCCACUAUUAGUUGCAUGAUCAGAUCUGUGCAUAGCUAUUCUUCUAAAAGUCUGCAGGAGCCGGCAUGAACACAUAGUGUUGCUAGCUUGUUGCAUCCCCUCAGUUUCCUUUGCCGUACAUGUUUCUUUCAUCAGCAACUUUAAAUAGUAUGUUAACCUUAACUAAUCCUACCACACCUUUCUUUCUCUCUCUAUGCUGGUAGGUCUUCGGGUAGCUUUAUCAUGGAGAGAGCUUCAGAGAUGUUAAUAAGAUCCUGUAAACUUUCAGAAAAUGACAUUCUUGUUCCUUCUGUCUGUUCUCCAAGUUGCAUUAUUCAUUAUUCCAAUCAAUGAUGAAUUUUGGUUCUUUUUUUGUGUGAUGAUGUGGCUGUGUUUAUGAAUAGGAAUAAGUGCUUUGUCCCAGAACUGAGCAACUCCCUUCAUAGUUGCUGUGAUCAUUUAGUUGGGACCUCAUUCGAGCCAUGUGAAUUAUACAGACCUGUUUACUCUUACGAUUUUGGCGUACAAUGUACGAUUUUUAGAUGUCUUUUACGAUUGUACGCAGAGACCCGCCAAAACUACGAUUUUCAGAGACCCACCCGGUGAUCAAAUAUUUGUGUCAUUUUGUCCGAUUUAAACAAAUAUUAAACAUUUUCGGUUGUGGAAGCUUUAGCCCUUAUGGCCCCGCAUUGAAUGGACCCAGAAAACAACGAUGGGUUUUUGUAUAUUUUUUUUAUAGUUGGACCAUCCUUCAUUAUAUUUAUGUACGCACUGAAAGGGGAGGUGGCGGUUGUUGAUUAAAGAGAUUGGUGGCAUACCAGAAACACGGGUUGGGGGGGGGGGGAAGGUGGGAGUUUCAAAAGAUAUAAAAAUAUCACCACAACGCAUCCUAUUGAUGGUGGUGAUGGUCUUAGUGUUGCUUUGCGUGUCACAGUGAACCAGCUAGCUGUGUCAGCAGCAAUCUUUAGGCUAGUCGCCUGGCAACAACUUCACUCACCACCUCCUUGGACUGCUACUGCUAGCAAGCGUGUGUUCGUCUGAACCGCGGGGAUUGUGAAGAGAGAAAACUAGAGGUGUGAGAUUUAGUCAGUGGCAUUAAAAAAAAUAUUUUAGAUCUCGCAAAGCAGCUCUAUCCAGAGGCGUAGCGAGCGGGGGCAGGAGGGGACAGAUUCCCCGGGCGCCAGCUAGUUAGGGGGCAUGUUUCUUUCAGAAAUUUUCCCCAGGGGGGAGCACUUCAGAUUUUCGGGGAAGGGGUACUUCAGAUUUUUCGGGGGGUGGGGGGCAGUGCCAGCAGUUCCAGUUGAUUUAUUGUUGGACAUAUUUUUGCUCCUGGGGGCACUUGGCUUUCCCCGGGGGAGGGGCACUGCCCCCCCCUCCCAGAGAUAUAGCUGAAAGAAACCCUGUUUAGGGGCGCCAAAAUGUGCUUUGAUAUUAUUUUAUUGAUGAAAAUAAUGGGCUUGAGAGUUGAAAAAAAGAAAAAGGGGCACUUUAAAAUGGAUCUUGUCCCCGGGCGCCAAACACCCUCGCUACGCCUCUGACUCUAUCCCCCUCAACGAUUUUAAUACAAUUAAACAGUUUUGUAUCACUACUGCUACUACUGCGCCCCCCCCCCCCAUUUUUGUUUACAGCUUGUGGUAGUUACUAGUCUCUGAUACUAUAGCAGUGGUCGGCAAGCCGCGGCUCGUCCAGACUGCGGCUCGGCCAGUCAACUACAAAGCGGUUUUUACUCCGAAAAACAUGGUCCUUGACAGGUUCUUGAAAAUAAAUUUGGCUCGCAAAAUUUGUUUAAUGGUCCUGCUGCUGAUUUGGGCUCUUUUGACCAAUGAGUAUGCUGACCACUGCUCUUUAGUAUGUGAACGUAAAAACUCAGGGGCAUAUUGGAUAGGCGAGGGCACUAUGUUUUUCCUAUUAAUGAGGGUGGGGGAAGGUGGGUUCGUCACCAGCACGGAAAUACGUGUUAGUGGACUAGUGUGUUGUCACUAUGUCGUGUUAAAUAUGACUACUACAGCGACCUCUUUAUGAAAACACAAAGCAUUAGUAUACGGUAUACGAUAAAUGCGAAGCAUUGUGGUAUUUGUAUAGCCUUAAUAAUAAUAAUAAUAGACCUAAUUAGAAUUCGUGGAUUUCAGAUUUUCAUGUGACAGUUGGCUCUAUAAGAGACUGUCAGGAAUCAGGAUAAUUAUUGUAGAAUUUUGAAUUUAUGCCUACAUGUAGGUGCAUUCUGGUGCCCCCCCCCCAACCCAAUCAAAACUCAUACCCAUCCUCAGCGAGUAAGUCAUAUUUGGUUGGCCCUUUAAGUUGGCAGGGCGUGCAGCUGGGGGCGAGCUAGGAAUCAUUGUUAACUUUUUCAUUUUUAUUUGAAAUGUUAUAUAUGGGCUGUCCAAACAGCUCUGGCGCUAGAAUUUGGCUGCAUUGACCUAUGUGCACAUUGCGUGAUUUUAAUGUUACCAUUAUCAUUAAUGGAAUCGGCAAUCAUUCUUGUUUUCGGUUCCGUAGUUGACCUCACUUAGUAUUUUACGAUAUGACCUCGACAAAAAGAAAGGCUCGCGGAAUGGGCGAUGAAGAAGAAACUUCUCUUUCUACCGAUAAACAUCCGAUUCAACUACAGAAAAAGAAAGUUUAUCAGCAGAUAGUCUUGCUUGAAUAUCAGACUAAAUUGACUGGGUUGCGUUCUUCGUCGAAUGGUCCAUCAUGCGCGCACUGCACAAUUACACAAUCUGCAAGUCGGACUUUUCAUGAACAAUCUAUCAGGGACAAAAGGAGUGGUGUUGAUUUAGGAAAUUUUGGGUUUGGUGUGGGUCUAAAUACUUAAAUCUAUACAAUCAACACCGCGACAUUUCCGUAAUGACAGGUUGGGGGGGGGGGCGGCGCUGUUCCUCGGCAGAAAGAACGUACGUUAUUUUAAAAAAUCUACAAUAUUCAUCUCCUAACUCUGAAAGUCCAAAAAUAGCAUUCUAUUUAUAUCUCGAAUGCUGUAAAAUACCACCCGAUGUUUUGUAGGAAUUAUUGCGGUGAUGUUGUCAAGAUGUAUUUUCACCAAUAAACUCGUUAGCAGUAGUAGAGAAGUUACAGUUGUGUUUAGUCAUGAGUGUUCAGCGCGCGUGUGACGCAUAUUUCGUUGGGCUACGCCAGUGGUUCUUAUAAUUUUGUUUCCCGGCGCAUAUGUCAUAUUAGGUUUUCGCCAGGGUUUCCUGGAUGAAAUUCUUACAAGUACACUUCGAAAUAGGGAAUACACAAAUAAAAUAAAGGGUGGGAUAAAAAUAAAUAUAUCGUUUAUGGAGGUAACAAACAUGGAGGUAUCUAUAGCAGAUGCAGGUCUUCAAAAUGAAGUGACCGCAGUUUGCAGUUAACGUCAGUCGAAUACUGAUUACCUUACAGUUCCAUUUUUUAACAAACCGCUGAACUGGAUUCCACUGAACACGCUAUACCAGUAGAUGAUGUAUACAUUAUAUAUUAUAUAUACUGUAUAUUUAUGUAUUUACUAUUAAGAUACUGUAUUGUACGAUUUUGAGACGAUAUUGUACGAUUUUAGGAGUUUGAGGGUAAACAGGUCUGAUUAUAUAUAGUAUUAGUAAGAACACAAUACAAGUAUGUGAAAGUUUGAAUGAAAAUCAUGACAUUUCAAAUUAAAGGGAUACAGUACCAUACCAUAAUUUAUUUAUAUCUGUACAGUUUAACUUUGUUGUUUAAAAGCAGUUAAAAAAACCAUGGGUUAAAACAGAGAGGAAAAAGAAACAGUAUUCCCUGUAAAAUUCUAUAAUUUAAAAAAAAAAAAUUGUUGGUGGUUUUUAUACAUUUUCUUAUUCUAAAUUACAGAUCAAAUUAAAAAAUGAAGCAAAAGGACUCUGAGCUUACAAAAAAUGAACCUGUUCCAGAAGAUGACAAGAACACAGUUGAAUUGUCAGAACUAGGAAGUCAAAAGCUCCAGCCUGGAGAGGUCUGUAAUUUUAUUACCAUAUUUUCUUGAAAUGUAAAAAUUGCAUUUAUGGUAUUUGUUGUCCGUUUGAACUACAAAAUAUGCUAGCUCUUUUUAUUCUUGAAUGUAUUUUAAUUUUCUAUCUUUUCUAAUUUUCUUGAAGGUACUUUCUAGCGAUUCAAUGGGCCAGUCGAGAAUUAUAAGUUUAGAGGACGGAGCAGACGAUGAUGAUGACGAGGAGGACCUGGAAGAGACACAGCAAGAAAUCAAAGAUCAAAAUGGAGAGCGGGAACAGGAAGAAGUUGUUGAGUUAAUAGAAAAGGAGCAGGCUACAGCUUUAGGUGAUAGAGGUCUGACUUCUGAUGUUCCUGAUAUCAUGCAGCUCCCUGGGUUUGUUCACGAGGAUCAAACCUUGAAAUUAGAUGUUGAUCAAGAAGAGGAAGAAGUGGAAGUUAAUGCCAAGAUCAAAGUGAAGAGACCAAUCAGGUCACCAGAAAAAUUGGCAGCUGUUAGAAAAGAUGCAGAAAUGUCUUUUGGAUUUGAUGAUGAAGUAGAGAAUGAAAGUAAAUUAGAAAAAGACAACAAACAAUCUGGCAAUCAGGGUGGAAAAAGCCCAAAGGAUGGUGACAAAGUUGAAUCUCUUCAAGAACCAGUUAAACGCAAAGGGAGACCACCUAAACCUAAAGAUGUAGGAAUAACGUCAGAGGGGACUUCCUCCACACCAAAAGUAGGUAAAGGAUCUCAGAAAGAACACACCAAAGAGCAAGGAGGAAGUAAAAGUCCAGCUAGGGCUGCAUCCAAAAAGACAGAUGAAGAAGACGACGAAGAAGAUGAUGAGGGAGAGAAACUAGUUUCAAGGAGAAGAGCCAAGCCACCUCGAAGGUAUGGAGAGGAAUCUCCUAUUCCCAUCAAAGCGGAGAAAGCAAAAACACCUGGGAGGCCAAAAUUAAAAUCUGAUGAUGAAUCUGAAACGACAACACCAAAAGCAGUAAAAAAGGCUGAGGAAACACAUACUCCACAUACUGCCAAAAGGGGUAGACCCAGGAAAAAUGUCACUGUGGACAGCGAGCCCCCCAGGAAAAGAGGGAGACCACGAAAAGAAGUUGACACUGGAGAAGAUAAUGAAGAUGAGGACUAUAAGAAGGCCAAGAAACAAACCCCCAAACAGACAGCAAUAAGUGUUCAACCUGUUUCUGCAAAAAAAGCAUUAAUUGCUAAAGAAGAAUUCCUAGAUAGUCCAAAGUCAAAGGGUUUGAAAGGAAAAGACAAAAAGGGGGAUGGAGAAGAGGAAGAAGAGGAGCCAGUGGCUCCACCUCGAAGAGGACGACCACCAAAGUCUCCAAUGAUAACACCUGACCCUGCUCCCAGAGGAAGACCUAAGAAGGUUGUUUUAGAAGUGGAUGAAGAAGAAGAGGAAGAAGAGGAAGAAGAGGAGGAGGAAGAAGAUGAGGAUGAAGAAGAUGAUGAUGAUGAUUUUGAUGAGGAAGAAGAUGAUGAAGAUUAUUCACCAAGGAAUGUUGGGAGAAAACCUGGAAGACCCAGCAUGAGUCCCAGGUUAGGCCGUAAAGGCCCAAGAUCUCAGUCAGAGGUAAAUUUUCUAUUCCAGGGCUUUCCAACUGGUGGUGUAUUGAGACAGGGAAGGUGUAGUAAAAAAUUUUAACAUGAUCACACUUAGAUCUUGAAAGUAUAAUGUAAAUUAAUUCUAAUUGAACAGAAAUCAACUGCUCGAGUGUCUACUUUAAAAAAAAAAAAGCCCUGUCCUUUACUGUAAUCACUAAAACUUAAAAUUUUCUUCUUUAAAGUACCGUACCGGUAAGCCCAAUUGUAUAGUCUGUUUAAAAUGAAGAUUUUUCUAUCUCCUAUAGAUUGUUGUGGUACCUGUGACAAUUAGUAAUGUAAAACAAGAACCUGAUGACGAAGAAGACUUAGUUGAUGUAAAACACAUAGUUUCUACUCCUCAUUCUUCAGGUAAUGUAUAAUGGAAAUUUAUUUCUUAUAUUUCUUUCUUUUUUUCUGAAAGCGUGUCUUUUCUUUUUUGCCAGGGUCUUGAAACAUUUUUGAAUAGUGUGCAUAGAGUCAUAUAUUUUAUGGCAUAAUAUACUAUUCUAAAGUAAAAAGACAAAUUAUUCCGUAAAUCUCCUUGCAAUAUUGGUAGUAAUUAUGUUAACACAGAAAAUACUGGUACUAAUGCUUUAAAACGAUUAUGAAUCUGAUUUGCUUAACUGUCAUAAAUGAUACAAUGGCUUACAUUUCUUUUGGCAGUUUUUUUCAUUGACCUGCUAGAAUCAUAAUGCUAAUUAAAAUGUUGAAUGGAAUCUUAAUUCUUAUUUUUUAAUAAAUUGUACUUGUAGGUGAUCAAUACAUUGCUAGCCUAGAUGACAGCCAGGUAGAAGAGGAAGAAGUUGGAGGUACUGAUGGUGAAGCAUCUUUGGCAGACAACUGUAUGUCGACUCAAACUCCACAGUUUGAUGAAUUUGUAGAAGUGGAGACUAUCUUUGAAACUGCAACAAGGCGAUCAGUUCAAACUCAGACUGACCCACGAUUGAAAAGGAAGAAAUUUGGCCCACUUAAUCAAGAUGCAGGUAUCGAUGCCAUGGACUUUGAUGAAUAUGAUGAAGAAGACCUGUAUCGGCAUCGACGCAGGAAACUUGAAGACGAUUAUGGUCUUUUUGAAGACAGUGAACCAAGAAGGAAAUCCAUUCGCCGUAACACAGAAGAAGCUCUCAAAUGCCCGUUUUGUGAAAAAGCAUUUAUUGGUUUAGUCAAACAUAUUAAAGGAAAACACAGAGAUGAGCAUAAUUAUGAGGAAGAGAUGAGAAAUGCUAAAUGGAGAGAAAGGAUCAUGAAGGUACCAUUUAAUUAUGAAAAACAGUUUCUCACAACUACUUAUAAACUGCUUGUUAUAAUGUUGAAGAUCUUUCCAUUUAUUAGAGAUAUUUACAAUUACAAACUAUCUUAACCCUUUACUGGGCAGAGUGGGCAGAAAACGCCUUUAGUACUGAACAGGCAAAGCGUCCGUGAUGUCAUAUAGUUGUAAACUAGUGACCUCCGAGUCUUUGCGAGACUUCCUAUUGUUUACAUCCGGUUUUUCAGAUAGCUGGAUAGAGUGGGCGCCAGUUACAAGUAUUUUUUUGUGUAGGUUUAAGGGUUUAAAGAAUUUUUUUUCGAAAUGGAUUUUGCCGAUUAUUUGUCUAUUAUUCAAGUGAUAGCGGAGAUUUCGCUGGAUUCAAUUUAAGUGACAAUUGAAGUGCAGGAAUUGACUGUAAAUUGGAACUAGAUAUUAAUAAUAUUAGUGAAAUCAAUGUAAUAAGCAGUGUUGAAUUUUACAAACUUCGAUUUUGUGGCAGUGUUUGUAAAUAGUAAAUAGAUGACUCACAAUCACAAACAAUAUGUUGUUUUUUGCAAAUAUUUGUGUUCAAAUGAGGAUUAAUGGCAACAUGUGAGUAAAAUUAUAAAUCUGCAUUCAUUUUCCUUAAUUUUGCAUUUUAUUUCACAAAAAUUUGUUGACUAACACCUUAGAUUUGAAUUUUUUUUUACUAACGUUACCCUAAAUCUUACUAAAAUCGGAGAAGUGGUGCCCGUUCUGGAGAUGCAAGAGGAAGUACCUCUGCCCCGUAAAGGGUUAAUGAAAUUUUACUUUUAGAAUAACUUUAAAAGAAUAACUAAAUAGCUUAUAUAUAUAUAUAUAUUCUUUAAAAUAUAUAUUUCAGGUAUCAACAAUUGGUUUAGAUGAAUCUGGUGAAACCUGUACUGAAUGUGGGAAAGUAACCAAAAAUAUGAAGAGGCACAUGGAGCUUCAUCAACAAAAUCGAAUGCAGAUACCAUGUCCUAUAUGCUCCAAGGUAACAAAAUAGUAUUUUGAUGGCUAGAUUUGAUUUAGCCUAGGCAGUCUUGUCCACGCAUUGUGGUGGUCCAAUUAUUUCUGAAAGAAACCCUCAGAUCCUCUUAAAUUCCAUCAAUUUAGGAAAUAAACAGACCAGGCUACUCUUGUGAUUUUGACACAUAGUGUACAGUUUUGAAAUGUCUUAUGAUUGUAGGCAGAUUGAAAAACCAGCUAUGGCCGAAUUAAAUCUAGGUUACAUUUAAUAUGAUACAAACAUUGGUGCUACCAGUGGCUCGAGGCCUUAACGGAAGAAACGCCGACAUGGUAGUUAAUCAGUUAAGUGGCUUGGUUUUAAAAAUAUAUUCCGAUAGUUUUUAUGAAUUUUGAUUUUUAGAUUUAGCUCCUUUCUACAUCGGGGGAGAAUGGACUGGGAAAUACAUACCUGUUUACUCUUACGAUUUUGGCGUACAAUGUACGAUUUUGAGGUGUAUACAUGUUCAUUUUUUUACUACUGGUAUUAAAAAUGUAUUGAAAGAUUUUGUGACGAUAUCGUUGUACGGUUUUAAGAGUUUGAGGGUAAACAGGUCUGGAGGACCAUCCAUAAUUAUAUUACAUACGCACUCAAGGUGGGUGGGGUGAUAUUGACUUAAGAGCAUACAGGUGUGGAUAGAAGGAUGUAUAGAGGGGGGGAGGGCUCUAAAUUUUUAUAAAGCUAUAAAAUAAGACCUCCACGCUUUUGAAUAAUGAUGAUAAUCAUAUUGUUGGUUGGUGUUUUCACAAAGACCUCGCUAGAUAUGGUAACAGUAAUAUUUAGUGCAGUCACCAGUGGCACAUUUAGUCAAUAUUCACUUUUUUGUUUUGGUGCUGUAUGACUUAAUUUUGUGACAUUAUUUCCUUCUCCGGAUAAAAAUGGAGAAGACUACAGAUUUUAAAAAAUGUAUUCCCAACUGCACUGUUAGAUUUGACAAAUUUAAAAGAUCUAGUAAGUGGCAUUGGAAAUCUAUGUUAAGAAGUCACGAAGCAUGUGUACAAUUUUAUUACUCAAGUUUUGUUCCAGCACUCCUCUUCCCUUUCUCUCAAUACAGCUUGUGAUAGUUAUUAGCCUUUAAUAUGUUAAUGGCAUAUAAAACCAGGCUCCUAGGCUUAAUGCAGGGAUUUAUAACCUUCGGCCCGCUAUGUUUAAUAUGGUGGCUCGUUGGUUGUAUCACAAAUUAACUUAUUGCUUCAUUCAAUUAGCAAUUAUUUAAUUCUUGGCAUAAAAACACGUUUGAAAUAAAUAAACUUAACUUUUUUUUUUUGGACAGUUCAUGCCAUUUUGAUCACCCGUCUCUUUAUUGGACUGGAUUUUUUAAAAAAUUGAUUGAAAUAAGUAAUCUUAAUUAAAAGUUAUAAAUGAGUUUUGCUAUUUAGGUACUACUUGAACCAAAGGAUUUAUAUAAACACAAAUAGGUAAAGGGAACCUAAUUUUCCACAAGCAUUCCAAUUUAGUGUAGAAAGAUGCAAAACUGUAUUCAGGUAUACGCAAAAGGGCAUCACUGCAUUUUGAAUUCAUUAAAAAAGGUUCCAGGGGCGAGGGCUCAGCCUUCUCCCCAAACGCCAUCCCCACUUUCGCUUGGGGUAUCGUUCUCUAUUUCUGCUCCCCCAUCUUAUCUUUGUCUAUCAAAGUGGCAAUGACGGGCAUCUUUUUAUUUGCAAAAAUAGCACUGUAUAUAAAUAUUUAAACGUUAGUCAUCUACUUUGGGAAGUGACCUUUUUUUUUAGACCUGCAUGACGAAUAGUUAUUGUAUACUUUAUACUGAAUGUUAAGUUAUUUACUAGUACUAUUUUGAGAUGGUUUAAGUACUUUUCUGAACAAUUUUGGGAGUUUCUUGGCAACCAUGUCUGAACAGAACAUAAUCACUCAAUUUUUAACUUUAGGUUGUAAACUUAAUACAAUUUUCUGAAUUUUAGUUGUGGCUAGACUUCAAGAAAGAAACAAAAGAAGUCCCUAUAUUUUAUAUCCAGCUACUUCAUUUGUGAAAACAAAAACAGUAUUACAAUGAAUACAAAUAGUAUGGUGAUUUUUGCAUCAUCUUAAUAAUUAGAAAUCAUGUAUUUCACAUAUUUUUAGGUACAGUUUGCUAUAUUAUAGCUAUUUAUGAACUGUCAAGAUUAAAAAAAAAACUGUUACUGCAGAUUUGUGCUUAAAUUUACAUGCACGCUCUGCUGAGACCCCUUCCCCCUCCUAAAUCAUACCCCUCACCUCCCUUUAAUUCUUUUUUUUUUCAGUGUGUAUGUAAUUUAUUGAUGGCCCCUUACAGGAAGAUCUAGACAAAUAUAUAUAUUUAAUGUAUAAAUAAUAUAUAUAUUUAAUGAUCAGAAGACAUUUCCGGUUUUGUAUUUUAAAAGUUUUUAUUAUAGAACAAACCAUUAAUUUAAAAAAAAAAAAAUUUCAGGUUGUUUUAAAAACUGGAAUGAGUUCACACAUGAGGACAGUUCACUCAGGCCGAAAACCAUACAAAUGUCCACAUUGUGACUAUGCUUCUGCUUUUCGAGGAAAUCUUAAUACACAUAUCAAGGUAAGAAUAAACUGACUUAAAUAUACCACCUAAAACAAAAACUGACAGCUGUUUUCCUCUACAACAUUACCCGUUUUUGGAGUGUUCUUUUUAAAUACUUCUUUGGGGUACAACCAGAUAAGAGUAAAUUAAUGCUACUUCAGUGCUACUUCAGUGAUAGGCUGGAUUCUAAUUUAUAUGUGAGCAAAGUUGUCAUUUGAAUCAUUUCACCGGGCAUAUAUUAUUAACUUGCUAUGCAGCGGAACAAAAUAAAAGCCCUAAGUCUGGGUUUCCUUCAUAGAAAAUUUCUGGGACCAAGUUAUCUUUAUACUUCUGCUUUGUGAUCCACUUACAUUUUUUAUAAUUUCUGGGUAACAAAAUCAGAUUUGGAUAUUAAGAGUUUUCAUAAGUUACAAUAAGAACCAUUGACUGUUACAAAAUUGUAGAUAAAUUUUACUAAAUUUAAUAUAAAUUUUGAGAAGUUUGAUGCUUUUCUUGUUUGAAUUAAAAAAAUUAAGGUUAUGUUAAAAAGAUAACUUUAUUAAAGAUAUUGUUCUACUACCAAUCAAUUUAUUUAUUAUGUUUUUGGAAAACCUGUCUUAAAAAACCCACUUCACAAAUUAAUAUCUUGUUGAAGAGCAGUUCCAGAUUUAUUUUCAUAAUUUUUUAUGAAUGUGACUUUCAUUCCAGGGUAUGCAUCUUCACACUAGGCAAUACCUGUGUAAUACUUGCAAGGCUGCUUUUAAGACACUUGGAGCCCUCAUUGGGCAUACCAAACGUGUCCAUGAGAACUGGAAAUCACCCAAUCAAAAGAUUUUUAUUUGUUCAGUGUGUGAGAAGAGAUUCACCAAGAAGUACCACGUGGAUCGUCACAUGUUAAUUCACACUGGAGAGAAACCCCACAAAUGCACUGAUUGUGGGAGAUGCUUCAACAACAAGUCAAAUCUAAUGUCUCAUAUACAGCUGGUAGGCGUUUAUUUUUUCUAUUAAUAAUUCGAGAAUUUGAUGUGCUCUUAAUAUGAAAAAAUCUAUUUAAACAUAAACUACUAGAAUAAACUCACCGAACAAUGGUGGGGACAAUGCAUGAACUUCCCAUCUUCUAAAAGUUACUUGUCAAAACUGCAUUCAGAUAAUGCACUUUAUAAAAUCCCAAUCAGUGCUUACUUCUGACAAUUUUAAUUUGCGCACUUAUUGAACAAAGUUUUUUAGCUGUAGAUACAAACUUGCCUAGAGAAUUGUGAUUCUGUGAACUCAAAUGUUUUUUUUAAAAAUGUUUAUUUACAUAACUGGCAUGUAAUCUUUUAUUUGUUAUAGUAUGAUAUCAAAGUAUCUAUAAUUUCUCUACCAUUCAGGUCCACAAGAAACUGUCUCCCUACAUGUGUGACAUGUGUCAUGAAACCUUUAAGCGCAAAAAACUACUCCUUGAGCAUAUUGGCAAGAUUCAUGUCUCUCACGGAGAGGCUGCCAAGGCAAUGCAGGCCUACAUCCGCAAGAUUGAAGAGGCAGGAGAUGAUGAUGAUGAUAUGGGACAACACACAAUCACCAUUGCACCAACUGGUUCUUCUCAUCAUGAUGCUGAUGAUGGCACUACAACAGUUUAUGCUCAGGUAUUUUCAAACUGAAAGAAAGGAAACUUCUGUUUUGUUCUGUUUUUUUUUUAUGCUUUAACAUAAUACAUGGGUUUAGCUGCUUUGCAAAGUCUUAUAUAAAGGGUGCUUGAUUUCCAAUGACGCACAUCUUGGCUUGGAUGAAACAUACAAUUUAAUGGAAAGAAAAUUGGGAUCAUUUAUAAAAUAUUUUACUCUGCUUACACUAGUAACUAAAUGUAAGCAUUCUUUUUUAAUCUUUUAAAAAAAAAUGUGUACCUUUAUAACCUUACCACCGCAUAUCUGAUAACAAGUCAUGAAAGCUAACUUGUCUAGUUUCUUAAUCACAGUGUAUAGCAGUGUACAACCUGAUCCACAUAUAAUGUGAAGCCCUAACAUUUUGUUUGAAAAAAUGCCUAAAGUACCAUGUCCCUGUGUAACAGGAUCUGUUAAUCUUGUUCCAUAAGAUAUGUUUUUCCUCCAGAAUGGUGGACACAUCAGGACAUCAAUUAAUAUCAAACAGAUAAACUUAUUACCUCCAAGAAGAUAUAUGGUCACAUGUGGUCUGAUGGAUUUCAGUUAAAUACAAGAAUCUGUCUUGGUAGAGAUAGCAUAAAUAACUGAGGAAUUUUCAUUAAUUAUAACUUAAUUGGCAUUGAAUUUUAAAUUUUUUAGUCAGUUUUUGAAAUAAAUUUGUCAGUCUUUGAUGUAAAAACUCAAGUUAAUGUAGAUAUGAAUUUAAAAGAAGCAUUUUUCAUUUAAAUUUUUUAUUUAUCCUUUUUGGAGAAAGGUCCACAUGUUAGAACCUUUGUUUAGUGAAGGGGAGAUCAUUCAUAAAUAUUUUCUGUACCUAUGUGGGAAUGUAUAGUGGUACAAAAUAAUUCUUACAUUCAGAAUCCCUAAUGUCAAGUGAAAUUUGUUAAUAUAGAUUUUUUGCUUUAUAAGCGGUAAUAUACAAUGUAUGACAAUAAAGUUUUUCAAAAAUAAAUAUUAAAAUAGUUUUAAGAUAAACAUUUUAUUUAUCUUAAUCAGCAUUUUUUUAAACCAAACUUUGUUCUGUCAUAGAAAAACCCUCUUUUACAUAAUCUAUUAUUAUUAUUCUAGGUAUCUGAUGGCACAUACCAAGCAAUGGUAGGAGAUGCUUCACAAGUCCUGCAGGGUCAGACCUUCACUACCCUACAGACUGAUGGUGGGGAAGAAACUAUCAUCAUUGUACAAGCAGCUGACCCCAAUGAAGUGACCCACGCCAUCGUUGAACAGGAUGGACCUGUCCAGUUUGCUAUGCAGCAUGGCGAUGAUGCUCCUAACUCGGAUGGUAAUACCAGUUUUAUUACAAUGUAGAGGUAAGUCUCAACUUUUUUAGUUUUACAUGGGAUGUAGCUAAUGUGGGAUUUAGCUAAGAUUUGUUUCAACUUUGUUUAUUUCUUUGCCAAGAAUUUAAAUUUGAACACUUUUGUAAGCUACAGUUGAAAACUUAUUAUUGUAAGCUACAUUCAAACAUUUUUAUAAGCUAAAUUUAAACACUUCUUAUAGCUUACAUUUGAACAUAUUAAAACUGCAAUUAAGAAAUUCUGAAUUAUUUCUACUGGCAAAGUUUGACUCAUUACUCAUGUUAGCCAAAUGAUAAGAUGUUUUUUGGGCCACCUUGAGUUUUUUCAUAUCUUGGAUAUUUCAUAGUAAUAUUAAAGUACUGACUGAUUGCUGGAAUUUCCUCUUUCAGAAAAACCAAGUGAACUGAGAAUUGAAGCAACUUGUUUUGAAAAUGAGAGUGCUAUGGUGUUAAAUAAGUUCUUCUUGUGAACUAAAACUUCCUGUCAAAAUUUUUUAAUUUUUUUAAACAUAAUUGAACCAAGUUUUUUACAGUGGUUUUCAACAUUGAUCCAUGUAUUUGAUCAGUCUGUGGACAUUUCCUGCUGGUCAGUUAAAAAAAUAUGUGGCUGAUAACACAUAAUUUGCCUGGAUUACUGGAUUAUGAAGCAGAUUUUGCACCAUCAUUAUUUCCAUUAAAUUUAAUUUUUGACCUCUAAAGUUACACACAUUUUUUUUCAACAUUUUAUUUACAGCUGAGUUUCUGGUAUCGAAGAGUACUACAAUUUUAAAUUUGCAUAUAUAUGGGAAUUGACAAAAUACAUUAUCAAGGUGUUACUGCUAUGAGUUGUAUGUCGCAAGAAAUAAUUUUACAGGAAGUAAUUAUUGUGAGAGAGGGAGACAGCCACCGAAAUAUUUGCCCUAUUUCAACAAGUUUGUUGUUGUAAAAUAGUUGAUAACCACUGGUCUAGUUUACAAACUGGUUUUUAUUGAUGUCAAAUUAUUUCCUUUACAAUUAAAUUGUUUUAUUGAACAGAUACUUUGACAAGUUUAAUUGAAGCAAAUAUAGUAUUGGCUACAGUUGAAUUGAACCUUACAGAUGUAAACAAGUUUUGAUAAAUCUCCCCUCAUUUUAGAAUUGUAAUUGUAAUUAAAAUGACCUGUUACAAUGUUUGAGAUUGUGUCAGUAAAACUAAGUCAUUGAGUCCUCUGUGAAAAUAUCAAGUCAUUUCUUUAUGUAUUGGGAGGAUAGUUUGUAACAUACCAAUAGAAUGCAAGGUACAGCACUAAAAUUACUGUCAGUGUGAAGACAAAUGAGUGCAAUAUCAGAGGAAGUUUGCCAGCCAUGAUACAUUUUUCCAGCAGAGACUCCAGUUUUUCAAUGCAGUGUUGGAACUUUUCCUUUAUUCUAUGGCCUUGAUUGAUCUUGGUUAUACAAAUGAAUUUAAAAAACCUGAACUAAAAUAUCCAAUCAAUUUGAGUAAACUUGUACUAAGAACUAAAAAAACAACCUGCAAGAUUGAAUUAAAAUCAUCUUUACAAUGUUAUUUGUCAAAUUUUUUUGUAUUUUAAUGCUAACUGGAAAUUUGGAUGUCACUGGAUGCCAAUGAUGAUGUUGAUUUUCUAAAUGAAUUC